CUGAUACAUGUCGAAAUCCUAAUAACACAAUAUGUGCUUUCGAUCUCAUUUAAUCUCGCCACUUCCAUACGAUUCCAAACAUUUUCAUCUGGCAGAUGACACUUGUUUGUGUGAUUUUGGGAUCGUUCUACAUUCACUAAAAUAUGUGGGUCAGACAGAAAUUAUUGGCAUAAGGAAUGAAAGAGUAAUUCCUUAAUUUCAUUGGUCCCUUCACGCGGACAUAUCAUUAAAACAGAAAAGGAUUGCGAACCAGUUAAUUAAUUUGCAUAAAAUGUCAGAGGUCACCAUUUCAUUCGCCGGCAAGGGACUUCUUCUUGUGUAGUUCAUUUUUGCACGCAAUUUUACAAACGAGAUACACAAUGUUUCGAAAAGUAGUAUCGCGCAUUGUGACCAAUACAAGAACGGCAGUUAGCCUUCAAGCUUGUGGUCGACCUGUUGUUGCCUCACAGAUGAGGAGUUACUCCUCAAAGAAGGAAGAGACCGAUGAGCAGUUUGAUGCACGAUGGGAGGCCUACUUCAACCGUCCAGAGAUUGAUGAUUGGGAGUUACGACGAGGUCUGAAUGAGCUUCACGGACAUGACUUGGUCCCAGAACCCAAGAUUGUUGCUGCUGCUCUGAAGGCUUGCCGACGUUUGGAUGACAUUGCCAUGACUGUGCGCAUCUUGGAAGCAGUUAAGGACAAGGCUGGAGGUAACAAGAACAUUUAUCUCUACAUACUUCAAGAGGUCCAACCAACACUUGAUGAAUUGGGCAUCAGCACACCAGAAGAACUUGGACUGGACGUACCACAGCAAAACAAGAUAAUGUAGGUAACUGAUACCCCUUCAAGAUAAGUGAGUUGUCCUGAGUUCCUGAGCCCAUACUUUCACACGGUGACAUCAUGUGCAACUCUCCUUGGCAGCAAGCUCCUUCGCAUCAACUCUCUUAGAAGGGAAUGCCGACCUAUACAGUUGAAGAACCCCAUUUAUCUGGAUUACUCAGAUGUCCUUAUCUUUAGUGUGCUUGCCAGUGUUGUAGUCAAGACCACAUAAGACCUUCACAAGACCAGAACAAGACCAACACAAGACCUCCAGUCUGAAUU